AUGGCAGCCUCGCUGGUUAUGGGGCAGGUACCCGUUCCUCCUCGGAGCGAUAGGGAGGCCGAGGCGGAACCUGAGCUUGCGGACAAGAUUGGCAAAACAGAUUAUAUAUUCGUUGAUGAAGUUUAUCAAACUUGCAAGCCGAGGGUCUUAAGGCAAUGGCUGUUGGAUAUCGGUUUUAGCAAGGACAAAUCCGAAUUGGCCGAGGCAAUCGAUGCAUGGAAUAGAAUUUACAAAUAUCAUGGAAGGCCAUCUGGGAUAUUUGCAGCUGACGAAUUCCUGGCCGGGCUUGAUCCCGUGCGCGGAACCGAGUUGUGUUGGUUGUGUGGAUAUUUGUUCCAAGCUACGGGCGACUCCUCCGUGGCCGAGCGGGUCGAACGUCAAGCAUACAACGCCUUGCCAGCAACCAUUACAGGAGAUAUGUGGGCUCAUCAAUAUGUCCAGCAACAAAAUCAGAUUGCAGCUCAAACUAUGUUGCCCAACCCAUUCCCGUCUGAUGGACCAGAAGCGAACAUUUUUGGUCUAGAGCCAGAUUAUCCAUGCUGCACAGUCAAUCAUAUGCAGGGAUUUCCGAAGUUUGUAGCCGCUGCAUUUUUGAAAACUCUAGAUGAGGGUGGUCUUGUACAAGUUUAUAACGGGCCAUUCCAAGUCGAGACUACUUUACGUGGGGGAAAUCAUGUUAGCAUUAUAGUCGAGACUACUUAUCCUUUUGGUGAUACGCUUGACAUCAACAUAACUGCUGAGCAUUCAUUCGACUAUUUCAUCAAUUUACCACAUUGGGCGGUUGAAGAAAAACGUGUGGUUGUGAAGGUCAAUUUACGCCAGGGUUUACCUGUUGAUAUCGAAUCAGGCCUACUUCGACUUAGAGCUAACGCUGGGAACUCGAAAUUCCGGAUAUCAUACAAUCCUCCUAUUAUUGUCGAACCUCGUCCGAGGGAUACGGUAGCGUUACACCGCGGAGCGCUUCACUAUGCAUAUGAUAUUCCCAGAAAGAACGAGGCACGUGCAGUGGACUUGAACAUGACACCCAGUGGUCCAUGGCAGUACGCGAUUGACCCGUCAACUGCCCGCUAUGAGCAAAUAUCCAAUGAUGUCCAUUCGCCAGUCUUCGACCACAACGGAUCGUCUAAUCAUAUAGCAGUCUUGGCUUGUAUUAUCAAAUGGGAGAUCGGUGGGCAGAUGUUUGCGAACCCUCCGCCAGAGAACCCAGAAUGUGUAGGCCCUAUGGAGACUAUCCGGCUUAUCCCAUACGGGCGUCUAGUCGACCAAAUUGAGGAUCAGUGA